ACCAGUGGCUGGGGUGCAGCCGAGGGUUGCGGUUGCAGAGUAGCUCCCAUCUUACAUCAAGAUGAUGGAGCAGAUGCAGAGGAUUGGCACAGAGUUCUUUUCAGGUGGUGCUAAACCUGAGGAGGCAGAUGAGUGGAGGAUGCGGAUAGAGCGGAAUUUCCGUUCUAUUAGUGUGUAUGUUGGUCGGGCUAUGGAUGGUGAGCAGGCACGAGUGCAGAGAUUUUUGGGAGGUCUUCGGGCUGAGUUGAGGAACCAUUGUCUUGUGAGACUGUUCGGUACAGUGGUGGAGUUGGUCAAGAGAGCUGCGUUGUUGGAGGAGGGUCUGAAGGAUGAGGCGGUGAAGCGUAAAUGGGAUGAGACUCAGAGGGCUAGCCAGGGCGGCCAGGGAUGCUUUGGGUGCGGGAGUAAGGAUCAUAGGGUGGCGAGCUAUCUUCGGAGGAGUGGUACAGAUACUCGGGUGUGCUUUCACUGCAAGGAGGUGGGGCAUAUCAAGCCCAAGUGUCCUAAGUUGCAGCAGACAGAGGUGGCAGUGGUGGCAGCGGCAACAUCAAUACUGACAGAGAGGCUGAUCGCAGCGGCACCUCAGGUGUACUCCAUCGGAGAGAUGGGUGGACCGAGUACCAGACCGAUCACAUUUGUUCCCAUGGAUAAAGCUUGGGUCUGGUUACCAAGGAAUAGCCUUGAGUAUGAGGAAGGAACAACUAAGUUUGUGCUUGAUGCAACAAGUUGUUUGGGUAAUGUAUUAGCUAUGUUCUGUCCUUGCGUUGAUUGCCGGAAUGUGGUUCAUCAGUCAAAUGAGACAGUGUUGGAGCAUCUAGUGAUUAGAGGGAUGGAUCUUAAGUACAAGAGAAGCAAAUGUUGGAGUAAACACGGGGAGAUAAGUGAUAAGACAACAGAUGUUCAUGCGUCUGAAAAUGAGGCUUAUGACUUGUUUAGGACAGCUUUUAUGGAAAGCGAGGGCAAGCAAUCAUCUCAGCAGAAUAAUGUAGAAGAGUCUGAAACAGUAGAGACAUUAGGUACAUUAGCAGGAUGUAAGGUGAAGGGGAAGCAAGCUUGUAAUGUUUGUGGGAAGGAUACACCUCACAGAUGGUUAAAGUUCAGUCGCAAGCAUGUUUAUAUGGGAAACAGAAGGCGUUUGAGGCCUGAUCAUCCUUACAGGCGUAGGAAAGUUUGGUUUGACAAUACAGUUGAGCUUGGUACUACUAACAGGAUUCAAAGUGGAGCAGAAAUCUAUGAGUGCCUUAGAGAUUUUAGGAAUGAAUUUGGUAGACCUUUAGAAAAGAAAGGCAAGAGAAAGAGGAUGGAAGCAGAUGAUGAUGAUGAUGAUGUGAUUGCAGCUGAAGAGUAUGAAGAAGAUGAUGAUCAAUGGCGGUGGAAAAAAAUGUCAAUCUUCUUUCAGUUGGCUUACUGGAAGGAUUUGCCUGCAAGGCAUAAUAUUGAUGUAAUGCACGUGGAAAAAAAUGUUUCUGAUGCACUGCUAUCAAUUCUGAUGCAUAAUGGGAAAUCCAAGGAUGGUUUAAAAGCAAGAAAAGACUUAGAGGACAUUGGUAUUCGUAGCAACUUACACACACAGAAGCGUGGGAAGAGAACUUACUUGCCUCCAGCUGCGUAUUGGCUUUCUAAGGAGGAAAAAAGGAAAUUCUGCAGAAGAUUAUCCAAAUUCAGAGGGCCAGAUGGAUAUUGUGCCAACAUAUCCAAUUGUGUGUCAGUAGAUCCUCCCAACAUUGGUAGUAUGAAGUCACAUGACCACCAUGUUAUGCUGCAAAAUUUGUUUCCUGUGGCAUUGAGAGGUUUACUGCCUAGAGGACCUCGUAUUGCAGUGAGUCGUAUCUGCAAUUUCUUCAAUAGAUUGUGCCAACGUGUAAUUGAUCCAGAGAAGCUUGUUACAUUAGAAUCAGAGGUUAUAGAAACAAUGUGCCAGUACAUGAAGACACUUAAGGCAUAUGUGAAGAAUUUUGCAAGGCCAGAAGCUUGUAUGGCUGAGGGCUACUUGGCUGGUGAAUGCAUUGCAUUCUGUUUGGAGUUCCUCCAGAAAUCUGUUCCAGUACAAGAAACUCUUAAUCGUAAUGAAGAUCUUGAAGCAGAUCAACAAAUUCUUGAAGGCAGACCACUACAUAAAGCUACAGAAAAGACUCUUACAGAUAAAGAACGAGACAUAGCUCAUCGGUAUAUUCUCAUGAAUACAGCAGUCAUGGAACCAUACAUUGAGUUGCAUUUGGAAGAACUGCAAGCUACAGAUGUAAGAUGUGCAAAAAAUGAAACACUCUUGUGGAAAUAUCACACAGAAAGGUUCCCACAAUGGAUCAAAGAUAAGAUACCAAGUAACUCAAAAGAUCAUUCUAGUAGACUGAGAUGGCUUGCAUUUGGACCAAGACAUAUUGCUCAAAGUUACAAGGGAUCAAGUGCUAAAGAUACUAGACAAAUGGCAGAUAUAGUAUCAUUCUAUGGAGUGAUAAAGGAGAUCUUGAUGCUGGACUACCACAUGUUCCAGAUUCCAGUUUUUAGGUGUAUUUGGGCUAACAAAGGGAAUGGAGUGAAAGAGGAGGAUGGUUUCACACUUGUCAAUCUCCAUAUGAACCAGUCAGCAUACUUAAAUGAUCCUUUCAUUUUGGCAUCGCAAGCUAAACAAGUUUUUUACUCUAGAGAAGAUGACAGCUCACCUUGGUAUGUUUGUAUGAGGGCGCCACCAAGAGGGUACCAUGAGCUAGAAACAGUAGAGGAGUUUGUUUCAGGACCAUUAUCAGUUCAGCCAAUUGAAGAUUUAGGAGAUCAAUCAUCUGACGACGAGAGUUUUUGUGUUAGGUCUGAUUGUGAAGGCCUUGAUGUCACUCCUGUAGUGUCAUUGAAGAAGAAGAAGAUAAACAAGAAGUCUAUCAUUGAAGAGAAUGAAAGAGACAAUGAAGAAGAGAGAAUAGAAGUGGCUACUGAAGGAGAUGAUGGUGUAGAGGAAGAAGAUAUUAAUGGAGAAGAAGAUAUUGAAGAACAAGAGAAUGGAGCAGAAGAUAAUGAAGAACAAGAGAAUGGUCAGUCUCAAGAGAAUGAAAGAGAGAAUGAAGUGGAAGAUCCUAUCCCUCCUUCCACAGCAGGUGCCUCUGAAACCCAGACAAACCAGUCAGACAACAAAAAGAGGAAGUCAAGAGGUCCAACUAGAAUGCGUAAAGUGGCAAAGAAUCUUGAGGAUAAGGUAGAAGUGGAGUUUAAUGCUCUUGGUGAGCAUGUUGGUAAGGGAUCAGUGACACUCUCCUCUUUCCUUGGUCCUCUAGCAAGAGAGCAUGUGCCUGUACUGCUAGAUGACUGGAGACAGCUUGAUCAAAGGACAAAAGAUGUUAUGUGGGAAGAAAUUCAGGGGAGGUUUAAUUUAAAAGAUGAUUGGCAGAAAGAAUCAGUAUUUAAGCAAAUGGGUGGUCUGUGGAGGGCUGCCAAAUCCAAGCUUGUUACCAAAGUGAGAUCUACUAAAAGCAAAGUUGCUCUACAACAACUGAAGCCUAGCAACGUCCAAUGUACAUCAGCCUGGAACAGUUGGGUUAAGAACAAAAACACAGCAGCUUUUAAGGAACGAAGUGAGAAAUACAGGCAACUGAGGAAGGGUCAAAUUCCUCAUACUACAAGCCGCAAAGGAAUGACUCGCUUAGCUGAUGAGAUGAAAAAAAACAGUUCUGAUCCUAGAAAAGUUACUAGAAGUAAGGUGUGGAUAGCAGGACAUACACAUUCUGAUGGGAGACCUGUGAGGGAAGAGUUUGCAGAAACUAUUGAAAUGAUCAAGACCAUUGAUAGUGAAAUGGACUCCACCACAUCCACGGAUAAUGUUAGGGAAGAUGCUGUGAGUCAGGUACUAGGAAAAGACAGACCAGGAAGAGUUAGGGGGAUGGGCAGAGGAGCAACUGUUACUAAGUUAGCAUUCUUACAGACAAGAGACUCUCAUGUCAAGAAUCUUGAAGCUUCUCAAGCAGAAUUGAAAAGUAAGCUUGAAAGUUUGCAGAAUCUGGUUAGUAACUUAGCUAGUAAAAAGAGACAGACUGAUGAUGUUUCCAUGUCUGACUUAAGCAAUGUUAGCAAAAGAGGUGUUAGGUGCCAGCUUCUUGAUUGGUGUUCAAAUGUUGAGGUGGUUGUUGGUGAAGGAGAAUUCUGCUCCAGUGAACACACAUAUAAGAUUGGUAGAAUACCAUUGGGUCGCAAUGCAGCUGCUGUACUUGUGAAGUCCACAACAGUUAUACAUGCAUCUGUCUGGAGACCUACUCCAACCAUUUUCACACUUAAUGAAGCUGUUGGACAUAAAAUUGCAUGGCCACUUGACAAGAUUAUAUUGGAUGAGGAUAUUAACUUGUCCCAACCUACUAAGUCUGUCGAAUCAGAGCAGCCAACAGAUGAAUCACUAGGAAGAAUUAAAAUCUUUCAGUAUUGGAGUGGAGAUGAUGAUUUGAUUGCUGAAGGUAUGUUGUUGUCAACUGACCAUAAUGAAUUGGUGGAUGGUAGACCUCUGGGACAUGGUGCUGCAGUUGUUAAGGUCCUGGAGGUGGUUAAACCUGAGGCUUAUCUGUGGAGACCAAAUCCUCCAAUCUCAUUGAUGAGUGAUGCACUAAAUGAGACCAUCGCAUGGCCUAUUGAUAGAAUACAACUCCUUGAUGUACCUGCAAAUGAUGAAUCAACCAGAAAAUCACCUCAAAGUGCAACUACUCCCAGUUCUACUACUCCCAGCACUGCUAGUAGCAAAGGUGCUAAGCAGAAGUGUUUUCUAUUAGAUAUUGAUAACACUGGGCAGAGAGUUGCAAUAGGUCGGGUGUCUUCAACUGAUCCAGCAGAGAAGGUCCAUCACGUCCCUUUAGGUGCCAACGCUAGCAAGGUCUGGGUAGAGGUUUCCAAGGUUGAGGGUGCACGAGUGUGGAGAGCAAAUUCUGAAGUUAAAUUCAUUGCUGAUGCAGUAGGAACCACUGUGGCUUGGCCUAAUGACAAGAUUAUAUUCAUGUGAUUUGAGUUUUAGUACUUUUGAACUAAGUGUUUAAAAAUGUAAAACUUAUGUUUGACUCUUUUGGAACAAAUAAUUAAUGAAGUAUUUGAUAAAAU